UGGCUAAAUCCACUGUUUAAAAUUGUAAAAACAAGACAAUUACGUCAGUCGGAUUUAUUCGAUGUUUUGCACGCGGACAAGUGCCAAAAGCAAGUUGAUGCAUUUAAUCAAAUCUGGUCUGCAGCAGUCGGAAAGUCAAGCCAAAAUGAAAAACCUGACCUGUUAUUAUGUCUUCUGAAACAUUAUGGUGUCACUUAUAUGCUUCUUGGCAUUAUAUUUUGCCUCCAUAUUACUUGUACAAUUAUUCAACCAUUCUUUGUCGGAUGGUUAAUAAGUUACUUUGCCGUAGAUUCUGAAAUGACCAUCAAAGAAGCUUGCUUAUAUGCCGCCGGCUUAUCAUUAGUCAGCAUGUCAAUUUCAUUAACCAAGCAAUGUUACUCCUUCAUGUCAUAUCGCCUUGGCAUACAAACAACUAUUUUCCUUUCUGCAGCUAUAUUUCAAAAGACAUUAAAACUAAACAGCCAUGCUAUGUCGAAAACUAGUACCGGUCAUAUUGUCAACCUACUAGCAAAUGAUGCUUUGCAUAUGAAAGAUACUUUCCAAUUCUUACACAUGCUGUGGAUUGGACCUCUGUUGGUGAUAACGAUGUGCAUUUUAUUAUGGCAGCAAAUAGGGAUUGCAUCAUUGGCUGGAUUGUUCGUACUUGUAGCUAUGAUAGCACAACAAUCAGCUUUUCUGAAACUACUGAUGAAAUUCAGGCGAAAAUAUCUAAAAUUUGCCGAUCAACGAGUAAGAAUAAUGAAUGAAAUCAUAGCCAGUAUGAGAAUGAUUAAAAUGUACGCUUGGGAAGUACCGUUUGCUAAAAGAAUAAAGCAAUUGCGAAGAGAUGAAGUCGAUAGAAUGUAUACCGGAUUUAAGUUCUAUUCAGUGAAUGCAGCAAGCUUUCUAUUAUUAAAUACAAUAACAUCUUUUACCACGAUAACGGUAUACGUGCUACUUGGUAACACUAUAACUGCUGCUAAAGUCUUCACUGUUUACGCAAUGUUAAAUUCUUUACAAAUUGCGCUAUCCAUUGGUAUUCCUGAAGCCGUUCGAGCGAUAACUGAUGCUAGAGUUUCUUUUGGUCGAAUUGAGAAACACUUGAUGCUGGAAGAAUUUAGUCAAAAUCAUCAAGAAAAUAUAGUUUCUGAAAAUGAUUCUCGCAUUGUAAUUGAUGGAAUCUCGGCCAAAUGGGGCGAUGGUUUUGGUCUGAAUGAUAUUUCAAUCACGGUACCAAAAGGAAAGUUAUAUUCCAUUGUCGGGCCCGUUGGAUGUGGAAAGACAUCAGUAAUUAUGACUUUACUAGGAGAAUUGCCUUAUAAGUCUGGAAAGCUUAGCAUAACUGGUAGAAUGGCCUAUGCUCCGCAACAGCCGUGGAUAUUUUCCGGGACUAUAAAGGAAAAUAUUUUAUUUGGAAGUACUUUUGAUGAGGACAAGUAUCAUAAAAUUAUCGAAGCUUGUGCUUUAGUUAAAGAUUUACAACAAUUACCUAAUGGAGACGAAACUUACGUUGGAGAACGUGGUAUGCGACUGAGUGGUGGUCAAAAAGCACGUGUUAGUUUGGCCAGAGCUGUAUAUCUUGAUGCCGAUAUUUAUAUCAUGGAUGAUCCUCUAAGUGCUGUUGAUAUCGAAGUUGCUCGUCAUUUAUACGACAAAUGCAUUUGUGGACUAUUAAAGGAUCGCACUAGGAUUUUAGUAACGCACCAGAUUCAAUUACUGAGCAAAGCUGAUCAGAUUAUUAUAUUAGAAAACGGGAGCAUACAUCAAAGCGGCUUACUUUCUGAAUUAAUCCAAAAUGGUGUCAAUUUUACAAAAUUACUACACGUAGAAGAUACGGAAAAUCUUGACGAGGAAAUCUCCAAAAAUGAGUUGGAUAGCAAAAAAGAUUCGGCUUUACAAGACGAGCAAAGAGAUGAAGGAAAAAUUAGCUAUAAAACCUAUCUGUUAUUUCUCAGCUCUGGAAAUGGAAUCUCUUUUUUUAUUUUCUUAUUAUUUGUAAGCGUUGCAAGUCAAACAUUAACAGUCAUCACAGAUUGGUGGCUAUCAAGAUGGUCAGAUAACUUUACCACUAUGAUAGCCAAUGGAAGCAAUACGAGCAUAUUAAAUGAAAAAUCUAUUUUUGGACUGACGAAUGGAACAACAAUCAUUAUAUAUAGUUGCCUUCUCAUAGGCUCUUGGAUUCUAACCUCUGCAAGAUGUAUAUUAUGUAUCAAACUUGUUAUGGAUUCUGCACGGAGCUUUCAUCAUCGAAUGUUAAAGUCGAUAUUAGAGGCGCCUAUAUAUUUUUUUGACACCAAUCCAGUUGGUCGUGUACUGAAUAGAUUUUCCAAAGAUUUAAGCAGUAUUGAUGGUGAAUUACCCUUUACGACUCUGCAAGUUAUUCAAGUAAUAUUAAAAUGUAAUCCUGUUAUCGGUGUAAUACUUGUCUUUAAUCCAUGGGUACUGAUACCUGCAGUUGUUCUAGUAAUUUCGUUUAUUUUUAUACGAUCAUAUUAUCUCAGUUUGUCACGGGAAGUUACACGCCUAGCAGCCGUAGCCAGCAGUCCAAUCUAUAGUCAUAUAUCUACGACUUUACAUGGUCUGACUACCAUUCGAGCAUUAAAAUCGGAAGAGUUAUUCAUGAAGCAAUUCAUUUCUUAUCAAGAUAAUCAUACAAAAGCAGCAAUUGUGCGUAUUGCAUUGUUGCGAUGGAAUGCAUUUCAUGUUGACAUUUUAAGCUCCUUUUACUUGACCUGUGUAGCUUUUGCUGGAAUUUUAGCCGCAAAUACAGUUAGUGCAGGUGGAAUUGGCCUAUCGUUGAGUUACACGAUAUUACUAUUAGGCAACUUUCAGUGGUUGAUAAGGCAAAGUGCAGAAUUAGAAAAUCAGAUGACUUCUGUAGAAAGGAUAAAGGAAUAUAGUGAGAUAAGCCCAGAAGAUGAAGCUUUAAAAGCAAAAUUACCUAAGAAUUGGCCCGUUCAUGGCAGGAUACUAUUCAAAAAUUUAUCAUUUCGCCAUCACGAAAGCUUACCUUAUGUUUUGCACAAUAUCAAUUGCGCUAUUGAAGCUGGAGAAAAGAUUGGAGUAGUAGGUCGAACAGGUGCUGGUAAGUCGUCCCUGGUUGCAUCCUUAUUUCGUAUGGCAGAUCUAUCCGGAAAUAUUGAAAUUGAUGACAUCUCAAUCACAAGUGUCAAUGUUAGCAGUCUACGUAGUAAAAUAUCCGUCAUACCACAGGAUCCAUCACUCUUUGUCGGAACAUUACGUGACAACCUUGAUCCAUUUGGUGAAUACGAUGAUAUCAAGUUAUGGAAUACAUUGGAAGAAGUGCAGCUAUCGUCUUACAUUCGACAAUUACCUGGUAAGCUUGACAGUAAUGUUUCAGAAGCUGGAUCCAAUUUUAGUAUCGGCCAGAGGCAGUUACUCUGUCUUGGAAGAGCAAUCUUACGGAAAAAUAAAAUCUUAGUGGUUGAUGAAGCAACUGCCAAUGUUGAUUUUAAUACGGAUGAAUUCAUACAAAAAUCGAUUAAAACUAAAUUUCAACAUAGUACCGUGAUCACAAUUGCUCAUCGACUUAACACUGUUAUCGAAUGUGAUCGCAUUAUGCUAUUUCGAGAUGGAAGAUUAGUAGAAUUCGACCACCCUUUUGCAUUAUUACAAAAUAUGAACUCUGAAUUCGCUAAAAUGGUCAUGAGCAUUGGAACCACUGAAUUUACAAGAUUAAUGGGCGUGGCUAUGAAGAAUCGUAUAAGAAGUAAAUCGGUUGCCCAUAAUAUAAUGCAAACUCAAGACAGAAAUACCAGUAAUGCUGCCAUCAGAAUUUUUCAAAAUAAUGACACUGGUCAUGUCUGUAAUACCAGCAUGGAGACCAUCGUGUAA